AUGUACCCGUCUCUGGAGCAAUUAGCUGGCGAAGCAGCUCGUCAAUUAAAUCCAUCCACCCAUUCAACAAUUUCCAUGGGAUCGAACCUCGAUUGCCUGCCGACCAAUGAUCGGACUGCGGACCCCGAAACUCAACGAGUCCCCAGAAUGCCUAGAAUCCCAUACCUUAUCAACAACGAAGGUGCUGCUACAGAGCCACAGCCCUAUCACCACUGCUACACACCCACGAUCAAUCAUUUGGACUCACCCGAGGAUCAAGAGGCAAUUGCCGCACCAGUACCAAGCCCAACGACGCUGGCAGGUCGAGAAUCCAAGGCAGCCACCACUCCAGUCAACGUGAGGCAAUUUCUAGCAGACCCCCAGGUCAUUGUCAAUACUGGACCUCGCAUCAUCUUCGAAACUCGACUUGAUCUCUGCGAAGGGAACCCUAGCAAGGACGAAGACUUCAACCAAGGUCAGCUUCUUGAGUUGAACAGAAAGCUAGAGAGCCUGGAAAGAUGCACGAUUGAUUUACAAACUAAAUUUGCCAUCUAUGAAAGGUCGCAUAGCGAACUGCGAGAGUGGACAGUUGCGGUGAUGAGUGCCAAUGGGCUUCUCGCGUCAGGUGAAGAGAGACCAACCAAGAGGAGAAGGACUGCUAGUACUACUGCUGCUGGAUUAUGGUAG